UUCGCUCAAGCCCAAUCAUGUCUCCCUAUAAAAGCCCCGCACUACCUAGGUAUUGAAUGCACGGACCAUUUUAGAGGCAAGAAGAAGCCACCUGAUUGUCAUGUGACACCACAAGUGUAGCACAAAGGUCCUUGUCUAGGUAUCCCACAAUUAUCCCUGCUUAUGCCCAUUUAUGCAUGAUUCUGUGCAUUGUAAUGCACGCAUGGAAUAAUAAUGCCCAGGUACCUAUACAUGUACUUUACUCUCAACGCGCUUUAGACGCGAAUCUCGAAAUUUCACACCUUCAACAUCAACUUUUUUCCCCAUCUUCUUUUUUUGAUGUUUCUUUCUGGAUGAAUCGACCGGAUACACUUAAGGCAAAGGCUUCUUGCCAUAGUCUUAUAUCUGUAUCCAAUGUAUCAAUGUUACAUUGUAGUUGACUUCUUUCAAUAUGAUGCGGCAGCAAUCCAGCUCCACGGUACCUUCUCGAGAUGCAAACCAACAAAAAGUACUCCCCCCGGGGUAUAUAGACAUUCAGGGUAUUCUUGAAGGAUCCGUCUCUGUUGGCAGCUUUAUUAGCGUUAUCGGUUUAGUCAAAGACCGUAGGGCUCCCAUCCAGACAGGUAGUACCGACUGGAAAUCGACUCUUACCAUCUUUGAUAAGUCGAUUGAUGAUGAACCCGAUAAAGCAUUGUCUAUCAAUAUAUUCAGGGCCGAGAAGGAAAUGCCUGAGCCAAACGCCAGAGAUGUAGUAUUAUUGCAUUUCGCCAAGGUCCAGUCCUAUCGUGGUGAGAUAUCCUUAAUCUCGAAUUGGAAAACUUCCAUUCAUAUAUACUCGGCAAACAAAAUCCCCAAGCCACCUAAGUCUGCGAAAGUGGCCCUGGAGCCUCCUCUACGCUCAAAGGAUCGACUUCCUGGUGAUAAGGAGCACGAAUAUGUUUCCUGGUUGUACCACUCCAUCGACAGGUACGCUGUACCCGAUGCCGCUGAGUUCACCAUUCAAGUCGAACGGUCUAAAAAUAUCAAGGAUAAAUUUCAGACUCUGAAAGACGUACAUGAUGGAAUGUUCUGCGAUGUAAUCGCCAGUGUCGUCAAGGAACCCUUCGGCGUGAUGGAUAGAGUGACUCUGUGGAUCUCAGAUUACACCGAAAAUGAAUAUUUCUAUAAGUUUUCCUGGGACGCGACAGAAGUGCCUGAAGGUCGGGACGGAGACCCAUACGGCUACACGACAGCAAAGAACCCGGCUUCCAAUGGCUGGCUUGGCCCCUAUGGCAAACGUUCCAUGCAAGUGACCUGCUUCGGCACGCAUGGGGAAUAUGUUAUCAGAGAAGCUAAAGUUGGAAGUUGGAUACAGUUACGGAACGUUCAAGUCAAAUAUGGACAUAACGCGAAUAACCUCGAAGGGUACCUACGGGAGGACCAAUCCGCUUAUAAAAACGAACUUCGAGUUGACAUACUCACAAUAGACGACCCCGACACCGUUGAUAGCCGUCUUAAAGAUGCUAUUAAGCGAAAAAGAGACUAUGAGAAGGCGAAGAAGAAACAACAGAAGGGUUUCGCUGCAAACAAUAAUGGCAAGGCGAAUGGCGGCGAGCGAAUGGCGGAGGGCCAAGGGGGGAUGAAUUCUAAAACCAAACGUGCUCGAGAACGAGCUUUGAAAGUUCAAGAAGUCGAGAAGAAAGAGCUGGAAGUUGAGGCAAAACUUGGCCUUAACGGACUAGUCAAAUGCGAAAGCAUCGAUCAACCAGUUUUUUCUGUCUCCUCUAUAGUCGAGCCGAUAACAUGGACGACAACAGUUGAAGGCCGAGAAGUAACAUUGACGCUCCCUUUCGUUUGCGCCAAGUACCGAGCCAAUGUACGUGUAGUCGAUUUUUGGCCUCGGAAGCUAGAAAACUUUGCGACCUGGCGCAAAAGCGAAGAAUACGAUGUAUUAUCAGAUCACAGUGGUGGUUCUGAUUUAGAAUCAGACGGUGGUCAAGGCACCUUGGACCGAUUUUCCGGGGACAAGAUCUGGGAGUGGCGGUUUGCCUUACUGCUGGAAGAAGCGAGCCCGAAGCGCAAGGACGAAUGCAAUAGAGUUUGGGCAAUUGUUGAAGACGCCGAAGCGCAGAUGUUGAUAAACAUGAAUGCAUCAGACCUUCGCGCGAAUCCAGAUGAACUGGAUAAUUUACGGGAGCAGAUGUUCAAGCUGUGGGGUAACCUGGAAGAGUGUAAGCAACAAGAAUUACAGCGACUGGUCAGCAACAAAAAACGAGUUGCAGCUCAUCAGCCACCUCCAACCUCCCCACUUGGACCAGCGAAGGGGCAACAGGCAGAACCAGCUGCCAAGACAGGACUUAUAAUAUCAAACAAGCCGUUUACAUGUUGCAUUCGCCAAUAUGGCGUUGAAGUUCGCGAGGAGGAUCCACAAAAGGCAAACGCGACCAACGGAAAACGUUGGGAGAGAGUGUUUGGCUUGUUCGGAACCAAGAUUAGCUAAGUAGGGAUUUAGCCAUGUAAAAAAGCAAUGACGAAAAAAAUUGUAAAGGA